AUGUGGAACUAUUGGGAAAGAAAUUUGCAACAAGCUCAUGAAGCUAUCAGUAAUGCAGGGGAAGUCAACUCUAUAAAAGACUCAUCUAAGUUUCUGCCUUCUAGACAGGUAUCAAGGAUGAUGAAGCAGCAUUGGGAAGUCAUGGAUUUUUGCGGCAUAUCAGAGAACGAGGAAGAAUGGCUAAAUGGUACAGAUAUUGUUCUCAAUGCAGAAGGAUACUUGAUGCCACCAGAAGAGUUCUUUUCUGACUAUGAAGUUGAGGAUGAUUACUGAAGCAACUACGAUGACCAUGAUGAAUAA